CAGAAGCUCGACCCUGGUUUCCAAUCCCACGUGCCGCCGGGAGGUGAAGGCCUAACUCAAAGGCAUUUUCCCAACUUGCUCUGUUUUAGAAAGCAGAAACCACUCAAGAGGCAUUUUGCUUCUCUUCAGCCGUCAUUACAGUCUUCUCUCUUCCUCGCUAAAACCCUCUUAAACCCUGUCUCAUCUUCUUCCUCGCUCGCUCGCUCGCUCGCUCCCUCUCUCGUUCUCAACAUCUUCCCACAAUGACUACUCUCUCUCUUCCUCUCCAGAACCACUCUUUUUCUGCAAACACGCCCUUAAUCCGAUCCAAAUCCAGACAAUUCCCCAUUUCCUCGAAGGUCCGGAUGUCCCUUCAAGAAACUGGACCAUCCAUCGCCGUCGUCGGUGUCACUGGCGCCGUCGGCCAAGAGUUCCUCUCCGUACUCUCCGACCGCGAUUUCCCUUACCGUUCCAUCAAAAUGCUCGCUUCUAAGCGAUCCGCCGGCAGGCGCUUCACGUUCGAAGAGAGAGACUAUGUCAUCGAGGAACUCACCGCCGAGAGCUUCGACGGCGUUGAUAUUGCUCUCUUCAGUGCCGGUGGUUCGAUCAGCAGAGAAUUCGGGCCCCUUGCUGCUGAUCGAGGGGCCAUUGUUGUGGAUAAUAGUUCGGCGUUCCGGAUGGACGAGAAGGUGCCGCUUGUGAUCCCAGAAGUGAAUCCUGAAGCCAUGGAAAAUAUUAAGCUUGGAAUGGGCAAAGGGGCGCUCAUCGCGAAUCCUAAUUGCUCUACUAUCAUCUGCUUAAUGGCCGCCACUCCUCUUCAUCGACGAGCUAAGGUAUUGCGUAUGGUUGUUAGCACUUAUCAGGCUGCUAGCGGUGCUGGUGCGGCUGCAAUGGAAGAGCUUGAGCAGCAAACUCGUGAGGUACUGGAAGGAAGGCCGCUGACCUGUAAAAUAUUUAAGGAACAGUAUGCUUUUAAUCUGUUCUCACAUAAUGCAUCUGUUCUCUCAAAUGGGUAUAAUGAAGAGGAGAUGAAAAUGGUGAAGGAGACAAGGAAAAUUUGGAAUGACAAGGAUGUUAGAGUAACUGCUACGUGUAUACGAGUUCCUGUCAUGAGGGCUCACGCUGAGAGUGUAAACCUCCAAUUUGAGAAACCCCUUGACGAGGACACUGCAAGAGAUAUUCUAAAGAAUGCUCCAGGUGUUGUGGUCAUCGAUGACCGUGCGUCGAAUCAUUUUCCCACUCCAUUGGAAGUUUCAAAUAAAGAUGAUGUCGCUGUAGGGCGGAUUCGCCGUGACUUGUCUCAAGACGGGAAUCAAGGGUUGGACAUAUUUGUUUGUGGGGAUCAAAUUCGCAAGGGAGCUGCUCUUAAUGCUAUUCAGAUUGCUGAGUUGUUACUAUGAUGAGUUCUUGCAUCUCAAGGAUGAGGAUUUGUGGAUUUCACUUCUUUGCAACUAAUCAUUUUUGUAUGAUUGUGGGUGAGGUUUAGAGGUUAUUAUUGACUUCGAGUAAGAUCUAGUUAAUCUGAGUAGCUUAAAGAGAGGAAAAGGGAUCUUUAAGUUGGUACUAUUUUGAAAUGCAUAUUUUAUGCUGAAUUUUAUU